AUGGCCAUGCAGUUUUUCAACCAGAUUAAAAACCGUCGACGGUCAUCCCAGAUGACGAGUUCACAUAAUCCAGUUCUGACGCCAGAAGACGAGGCCUUCCUACAGAAAGUGACGUCGGACCCGGAGCAUCGCUCAGGUCCCGCUGUCGAGUAUGAAUCCGAGUCACAGCAAGCCCUCACCGAGGAUCCUCAAGCACCAGUGGCUGGCGAAAGAGCUCUGGAAGGGACAGUUCCAGCUUCACCACAAGAAGAGCUGGGAAGGAAUCUUGGUGAAGAAGACAAAUUGGACCAGAAGCGAAAAAAUGAAAUCCAAAAAGAGGCUGAACCAGUCAAGCCGGAGGAGGCGGCAGUGGCAGAUAAGAAAGUAAACCGAUGGAGCACCAUGUUCUGGAAGAAAGCCCCAGCCUCUGAUAAGGGAAAGCAGAAACAAUCCGGUCCGGCUACUGUGGAGAACGACACUGCUGGAACGUCCGCGGCAGCUGGUGAUCUGACACCGAGUGAGGAGGAACUGCGCAAGGAACAAGAAGACAUGACCGAUAUUCUCGAUCGACUGAACCUUGCAGCAGACAACAAUCGGGUAUUCUCAGUGAGCGAGGAGACUCAAGAGCUCCUCCGAAAGUUCAAAUUGAUCUUCAAGGAUCUUGUGAACGGCGUCCCGACCGCGUACAAUGAUUUGGAAAUGCUAUUGACGAACGGCAAUCGUCAACUGCAAGACACAUACACCAAGCUUCCUGGCUUCAUGCAGAAGCUCAUUGAGAAGCUUCCAGAGCGAUGGACCGACACGCUGGCCCCGGAAAUGCUUGCAGUGGCCAGUGAGCGUGCUGGCCGGAGCGGGAUCAACAUGGAGAACGUCGGCAAAGCAGCCGCUGUUGCGCAAAAGGCAGGUCUCAACGUGCCAAGUCUCAAAGAACUGGUCUCCAAGCCGGCCGCCAUCGUCGGCAUGCUGCGAUCCAUCAUGGGAUUCUUGCGAGCCAGGUUCCCCGCUGUACUGGGGAUGAAUGUGCUGUGGUCAUUGGCGCUAUUCUUAUUACUCUUUGUCCUUUGGUACUGCCACAAGCGAGGACGGGAGGUUCGCCUCGAGAACGAGCGUCUAGUGACGGAAGAUGAGAUCAGAAAGUUGAACGAGGAAACCUCCGAUACCCCGAUUCGCCCGUCGCAGACCUUGCUUACGGUUGCGCCUCAGGGCGCCUCGGUCGAAGAAGUUCGAGAGGGUGUGAAGAAAGUUGAGGAAGCACGAGCUUCAGCAAGCAGUGAGACGACUGAUCGAGCCCCUGCUGGUACUCCACAGCCAGCGGCUGUGUCUGAGCAAGAGCAAGCAGAUGCUCGUCCAGACGAAUCCAAUAAUGAAGUCCCACGCCCUGCACCGGUCCCUACUCGGACCAAGUCAUUCCUCUCGAUGUGGAGUCGAACCAAGUCCGACACCGAGACGAGUUCGGGCAAGGUAUCGCCAUAUCCGGGAACCUAG